AUGACUUCUAAUCACAAGUCAAAUAAUUUCUCUCGGUUUUAGAGGUAAAUUCUGGGCCCAACAUAUAAACCUCCGUGUCUCUGUCUUAGUCCCCUUCUGUCUUCCUCCAACACGUUCUUGUCCUCUCCCCAACUAUCAUCUCUUUCUGUUCAGUCUUGCCUCAAUAUCCUUCAAUAUGGCAGCUUCCAGUAGCCAGAACGGGAUUCAACUCUUAUUAGCUGCAGAACAAGAAGCCCAGCACAUUGUCAAUGCUGCUAAAACCGCAAAGCAAGCCAGGCUGAAACAGGCAAAAGAGGAGGCUGAGAGGGAAAUUGCUGAAUUCCGUGCUCAAAUGGAAGCUGAGUUUCAGAGGAAGCUUGCUGAGAGUAGUGGAGACUCGGGUGCUAAUGUGAAGCGCCUUGAAGUAGAAACAGAUGCAAAAAUCCAGCACCUCAAGACAGAGGCGUCAAGAAUUUCUCCUGAUGUUGUCUCCAUGCUUCUGAGGCAUGUGACUACUGUAAAGAACUGAGUCUUUGUCAAGCAGAAUUGACUGAAAACGAGUGAUGUCACGUUUUCUCUUGAUAUGGAUAUUGGAGAAUAGAUGCUUGUUCGACUUGUACUAUACCAUAUAUUCAUUUUGCGUUGGUGGAAAUUGUUUUCCCUGUUGUUGAAUAAAGAGAUACAGUUCUAUUUUUGUUGGUCAGCUCUGUUUUAUUACAGAGGAAACACAAAAAUAUGUUGAUUUCAUCUCCUUA